AUGAAGAAUUUCAAAGAGAAAGCAAAGGACUGUUUUAGGUAUUUGUAUCCGCAUGCGCAGAAAGCCCGAAGUAAAACCGGAGGGGAUACAGGGGAGGCAAAGAAAAGCAACCACGUCUCCUCGCUCGACCUCACCAUCCUGGAUGUUUCUCCCGAGAAACAACAAGAAAAAAGGCCAACUGCGCUAUCCGCAACAGGAGACUCGUCAAAGAAGGCUCAAGGCCACCCCAAAGACCAAAAAGAUACAAAGGACAAUGAGCAUACCACCAGCCCGGCAGUCUCGGCCGUCUCUACCAACCCGCAGCCUGUCGUCGACCAGGCAGCAGGUGAGAGAUUACAUUCCUCCAUGACAAGCCAAGGCCCAAGCCUCCGAACCAUUUUAUGGGACCAAACGUUUCAAAACUUCCGAGAAUCCGAUGACCAAAAAUUGCUGGCGGACUGGGCAGUCGUUCUGGCCUCGUUCCUCAAGGACGAUGAUUCGACAAUAGAUCUCUCAAGUCGCGAGUCGGUUGCAGCCGUGAUGGAGAAGUUGCUGAAGAAGCGAGAUGACCGUGAAUGGAAAAUCAAAGUCUUCGGUCAAGAUGUCAAGCUCCGAGAGCAGGUCGACAAUCUGGCAGCUCUACUAUUUUGGGCAGAUCCACUGGUGAAAAGUGCAGUCAGCUCCCAGCCAUACGCGGCUCUGGCCUGGUCGGGCGUGUCAUUGUUUACUUCGCUGUUGAGGAGCGGCCUGACGCAGCAUACCGAAAUGCUGGAGGGAUUCACGGCCAUCGGACAACUCCAGAUGUAUUGGCAGAUUUGCGAGGAUAAGUAUUUAGAGCCGGAGAUUGGCAGGCACUACGAGUCUCUCAUAGAGCCCCUAGCUAGGCUCUACUCCAUGAUGAUGGAGUACCAGGUCAAAAUGUUGUGCCAUCUAUCCCGCAUCUCGAUGUCACGAGCAGUGCAUGAUGUCAAGAACGCCGGAGACUGGUCUACGCAUCUGACAGAGAUCAAUCAGCAAGACGCCAUUUGCCGUGAACAUUUCCUGCCCAUAGGGGAACUAUCUAAGCUCUGGGAAGAUGAAAAAUCUCGGCUCGAUAUAAUGCGCCAGACAUUUGACGUUCAGAAAGCAACACUUCGGCACCUCGAGGACGAGAGAGAAAGCAAGUUGUUAGUGGACCUGUACAACGCCGCCGGUGACUAUGAGCAUUUCAAGAAGAUGAACCCAAAGAGAACACCAGGAACUUGUGAGUGGUUCUUGACAGACAAUCGAUUUCUCGAUUGGUAUGAUCGCACAUCGGAUUUGCUCUGGGUCUCAGCAGGACCCGGGUGUGGCAAGUCUGUUUUGGCUCGCUCCCUGGUCGAGGAUGGAUUUCUAGACCACUAUAGCAUCACCGUCACUCCGUCGUCUGUUUUGACUAAUGCGAAGCCUACCGUGGCUUACUUCUUCUUCAAAGAAGGGGGGAAUGAGAGUAUGAAUGGCGCUGGAGCACUUUGUGCAAUACUGCACCAACUUUUCCGAUCUCCACUCACAGCCAAAUCGAUCGACCUUGCGUUGAGUAAACACAGAGAAAUGGGCCCGGGAUUGACUCAAAGCCUUUCCCAGCUUUGGAAAAUUCUUAUCCAGUGUGCUGCAGCACCAGAGACUGGCGAAAUAAUUUGCGUACUGGAUGCUCUGGAUGAAUGUGAGGUCAAAAGCAGGAGGGAGAUUCUUGAGUGUCUCCAAGAAUUCUACACUUCAGACCGGGAGCAGCGAAUGUCAAAGCUCAAAUUUAUCAUCAGCAGUCGUCCAUACCAAGACUUGGAAGAUAGAUUCCAAAAGCUUCGCGGAACCGCUGCAUACAUGCGCUUGGAUGGCGACGAGAAAUCGGAAGAAAUCAGCCACGAGAUUGACCUCGUCAUUGAUGAGCAAAUCGAAGAAAUAACUGUUGGAUUUGACCCAGAGCAUCGAAACCAGCUGGUUGAUCAUCUGAAAGGAAUGAAAAAUCGCACAUACCUUUGGCUCCGUUUGAUUUUCGACGUGAUUCAAAACAAUAGCACCGAAUACCAGAAAGCUAGCGAUAUCGAAAAUCUCUUCAAGAACCUACCCAUCGAGGUCUCUGACGCCUAUGAGGAAAUAUUGAAUCGGAGUCAAAAUAAAGAGCGGACAAGAAUCAUCCUUCAGCUCGUUCUGGCGGCUCGGGAGCCCCUCACUCUCGACGAGGCAAAUUACGCUUUGACCAUUGCCUUGAGACAACCAAAAUCUCAUGCAGACUUGACAAAAGACUUGUGGCCCAAAGAGAAAUUCAAGACGACCAUCACCAGCGCCUGUGGUCUCUUUGUCAGCGUACACAAAGGCAAACUGUCAUUCAUUCACCAGACAGCAAGAGAAUUUCUCACAGAUACUUCACAGAGAAGGGGAAACGCAGAAUGGAAAGGGUCCUUCACCUUACCUCUCUCCGAUGGCAUCAUGUCAAAGACAUGCAUUCAGUAUUUAUUGCUUCCCGACAUUGAAGUAUUGCGAGCACAUGAAAGCGAAUUUCGACCCGAUCCAAAAAUGGUGUAUCCUUUCAUCACGUACUCAGCUACCCAUUGGAUUGAGCACUUCAGAGAUCAUGAUGCUAGUGAUAUCACUGAUGAGCUUUUGAAAAAUGCACGCGAUUUGUGUCGCAUUCCGGGGCCUCUGGGGGAAGUUUGGCGUCCAUUUGGGCCUCCUUCUGUGCUAUUCUGUGAAUCUGAUAUCGGAAUAGCAGUCACGUUUGGGCUCGUGCAGCUUGUUCAGUUACUCAUACGUGAUGGUACGGAUAGGGAUUUGAAUGACGGUGAAUUUCUACUGCAUCAAGCGGCAAAACUGGGCCACCUUGAGAUUGUCAAGAUGCUCAUAUAUCACGGUGCAGAUGCCCACAAGCUUAACUCAGCAGACAAUACGGCACUUUGCUACGCGUGUGCUGGAGGACACCAGGAGGUUGUUCAGAUCUUUCUUGAUGAAGGUGUUAGUCCCAACACUGUGGGGAAGUAUGGGUAUUCGGCACUCUGGCAUGCCACCCGGAGAGGUUCGGUGGAAAUUUGCGCAAUGCUCCUGGACCACGGUGCCGAAAUUGAUUGGCAAGAUUGUUUCAGCAACACAGCUCUGCAUUUGUUAAUAGACAAACAACAUCUGGAAGCAGCCAAGCUCCUUAUCAAAAAGGGCGCAAGCGUCAAUAUCGUGAACAGUCGAAAUCGUACCGCCCUCCACGUCGCCUGUGGAAAAGCUCCCCCACACAUCGUGGAGAUGCUGCUACUGAGAGGUGCUGACCCCUUUGUUGGCGAAGACGAAUAUUCUUCGCUUGAAUGUGCCUGCCAGCGAGGCGAUGAGAAAAUUGUGAAGUUAUUGAUUGAGAACUUCACCGACUCCGAUAUCCAGAAAGACUUCUAUGGGUGUGCACUACAACAAUCGGCUGAAAUGGGCCAUCUCGGUGCCAUUCAGGUGUUAUUUCAAAAGUCUGCUGAUGCAAAUUUACUUGAUCAAUUCUUUACGGCGACGCUUCCCUGGGCAUGUGUUGGAGGAAAUGAACAGAUUGUGGAAUUCCUAUUGAAGAAUGGUGCUGAUGUCGAUGCCCGUGAGAAAGAUUGCUACAACGCAUUGGAGCUCGCAUGCCGCUAUGGCCACCCAAACAUCGUGGCGAUACUGCUCCGUGAGGGUGCUGAUCUUGGUGGUCACGAAGGGGAGAGCGAAUUAUUACGCCUAGCACGUAAAUAUGGCCAUCAAGAGAUUGUAAAGAUGCUACUCAGCAAGGAAGCCACUGUUGAUACCCAGGAUUCGAGACAUUGA